AUGGCCCGCCAGGCCGUCUCGUCCGGUGUGAUGCCCUCGAAUCGCCCGGCUGACGGUGCUCCGGCACCGCCAGCAGACCCUGCGUAUCCUGCAUCGACUGCUGCUCCGCGAAAGAGACGGAAGAGAACGGCAGGCAGCGGUGCGGCCGAAGACUGCUUCACCUGUGCCAGCCGCGGCACCAAGUGUGACCGACGACGUCCCUAUUGCACGCAGUGCCUCGACCUGGGCAAAGACUGUUCGGGAUACAAGACCACCCUGACCUGGGGCGUUGGAGUCGCCAGCCGUGGAAAGCUUCGCGGGCUCUCGCUCCCCGUGUCGGGAGGCCAGGCCGUUGCACCGCAGAAGCCUCGCAAGCAGAGCACCUCCGGAAACGAGGCCAAGCCCCAGCAAUCUCGAAGCAAACAGGAAUCUUCUGCAGACUCAUCAGAGACCGUAUCGGCGACCCAGAAGACGGAGACACAAUCUCCACCCUCAGAUCCAAUGACCAAUCCCCCCGUGCUCGACGGACUUCCUCCACAGCCCCCCUUCUCUCAACCCGGACUGGUCAUCAGCGAUCCCUUCCCCAAUCAACUUUCUUCGGAUGGCGGCGGCGUGUGUGUACCUGACUAUCAACAAGGGAUUUCCAGCACGUCAGGAGACCUGAGUGCACAGCCAUGGGUUCCGGCGCUCGACACUUCGACCGGCUAUCAACAACAGACCGGCAGUCUUUCGAUCGAACCGAAUCCGGCUCCCGUGCUGGCGGAGUGGCCACCCGCUGUCACCGGCAAGCGGCGCGCAGCAGACGAAGAAGAAGACGACGACGUCGUCGAGCAAGUGUACUCCGAGUCGAGUGUUUACUCGAACCAGUCCCCCGUCUCGACCUAUUCGCAAAGCUCGUGGUCGUUCCUCCAGAGCCCGUUUGCCAUCUCGCUCCCGGACUUGCUCUUGGAACAGUCUGUCGGACGCACACCCCGAAUCCGAUUCCUGAUUAGCUACUUUGUUGAGGUCAUUGCGCCCGUGAUUGUGGCCUUUGACAGCCCGACCAAUCCAUAUCGCACCCGCAUCCUGCGCUUGGCGCAGCAGAGCGAGACGCUCCAGCAUGCCAUCGCGGCCCUGGCGGCCAGCAAUUUGAGGCAGAGACGGGAGGCCAAGAUCAUGUCCACGGAGAGGACAGAACCCGCCCGCAUGUCGUCCAUCGCGCACCGCGCCUUGACCGACACGUCCUUCCAGGAUCGGUACGGGAUCCGGGACCCCCAGGAUCCGACCCGGGAGGAGCUUUACCACAAGUCCAUGGCCAUCAAGUCGCUGAACGCGCAGCUCGCCGAUCCGGUUCAGCGCCACCAGGACUCGGUGCUGGCCACCUUGCUCAUUCUGUGCCUGUUCCACAUCUGUGAGACGGGAGUGGCCCAGUUCCAGACGCAAUUCGCGGGGGUUCGCAAGCUGCUCGCGAUGCGACGUCGUGGGCGGGGGAUCCAGUCGGAAGAGGCGCGAUGGUGCACGAGGAUGUUUACGUGGUUUGAUGCCUUUACGGCCACGAUCAACAACCGCGAGGGCCAGCUCCAGGGAGCGUACUUGGACAUGGCCUGCUUGUCGGACGAGGAAUGGGCGAUGGAGAAUCUCGCCGGCUGCGAUGGACGGCUCUUCAAGAUUAUCGCGCGACUGGGUCGCUUGAACAUGCUCAGCCAGCGCCGGCCGGUCGAUUCAUCAGCCGGCAACAACGUUUUCGCUGCCACGCCCAUUGUGCCUCCGUCGUUGAGCCAUUAUACUACCAUGAAUACGCCGCCGCCGUCGGCCGUGCCCGUCGAUGGCGCGGCUGAUCCCUUCGCUCCGUGGCCGCCAGGGUGUCAUCAUCCGUCCGACCAGAGCGACCGUGCCGAGUUUUGGGCCGAGUGGCACUCGGUGCGUCAGCAGCUCGAGUCGUGGCGACUGGACACGACUGCUUUUGCGGGAGGAUAUGACGCGUCUUGGUCACCGAACUCGUGCGCAUCGUCGGCGACCUUCAGCCCUCCUCUGUCUCCGACAUCAGCGUAUUUCGUGGCGCCCUCCAACUUUGUCGAUCUGUCCAACAUCUCGGAGUCGUUCCGGUACUCGGCGCUGCUGUACACGGAACGGCUUGCCUUUCCCGACAUUCCAUCGAGCCACCCGCGCAUUCAGUCGCUGGUUCUCACGGCGCUGCAUUAUAUAUCGGCGGUGCAUUCCGAUGUGUACCUGCUAUGGCCGCUGUUCGUGACGGGGGCGGAGUGCGUCUACGAUGAACACCGGGAGCAAAUUCGACGGCGAUGCAAGGACAUCCAAAAGGACUCGGGGUUCUUCAACAACAUCUCGUGUCUGGAGCUGCUGGAGAAGAUCUGGGCGAAGAAUCCCAGCAUCAAGGCGGGUGACGAUCUAUCAACCAGCAAUUUCGGGGGGCUGUCGAGUAGCCCCGUGUCGAACGUGCGCGAGUCGAGCGAGUGGCAAGCGCCGAAUUCGACCAAGUUGUGUCUUCGGCCGAGCAGUGGAUUCAAGUGGCGCAGCAUUAUUGAAAACGAAGGCUUGGAUGGGGAGUAUAUGGUUGUAUAG